UUUGUGUGUGUGUCGAUGGGGAGGACGCCGUGCUGCGACAGGGCGGCGGUGAAGAGGGGGCCGUGGUCGCCGGAGGAGGACGACGCGCUGCGCGACUACAUGCGACGCUACGGCAACAACGGCAGCUGGAUCACCCUCCCGCACAGAGCCGGUCUGCGGCGGUGCGGCAAGAGCUGCCGCCUGCGCUGGCUCAACUACCUCCGCCCGGACAUCCGCCACGGCGGCUUCACCGACGAGGAGGACGCGCUCAUCUACUCACUCUACAGCCAGAUCGGAAGCAAGUGGUCGCUCAUCGCGUCCAAGCUGGAGCGGCGCACGGACAACGACGUCAAGAACCACUGGAACACCAAGCUCAAGAAGCGCCUCGCCGCCGCGGCAACCUUCUCCUCCACCCGCUCCCCGUCCUUCUCGCCGCAUCCCGCGCCGACACCGCCGCCCGCGCACGCGCACCCGUCGUCGUCGCUGCUCCCCUUCGCCCUGCCGGCCGUGAAGGCCGAGGCGUACACGUACGACGGCGGCGACUUCCUGGCGCCGGCCGCUGCGCUCCACGACCCGUUCGGCGCCACCGAGGGCUCCACGUCGGCGUCGCUCUCCGCCGCGUCGUCCGGGUCCAACUGGUCUUCCGCGGUCGACAACGGCCCGGCCGACGCCGGCGGCGGCGGCUUCUUCGCCGACUUCUGCACCGCCGCCGCCUCCGACCUCGCCGCCGCCGACCAGUUCCUCACCGGCUUCUACUACCCUCUCGAUCCCACCGUCUCCCUAGUGUAGCCGAUCGCUACUACCUGUUCUCAAAGUUGCGGUAGAUCAAUGUGGCACACGCCUGCGUGCGCACGUUCUAGGUGUUCGUCCCGAUCGCCGCGCGUUUCCAUGCCGUCUCUUGGUCAGUGAAUUUCAGUACUGUACAAACUUUGAAUCGCUAUAUCAGACAAAGGAAGAGAUGCUACUUUCAGUUUU